UAUCAGAUCGGCAACGAUGCCAUGCAGCGAACACCUGAGUCCUAACACCGUAACACAUCCUUCUGAACCAUUCAUCGAGGAAAGGAUGGUCUGGGUUCAAUUUCUAUUGUAUCCAGCGAAGUAAAUCCCUGGUAGGGGGCGUUCGUAGCUACCAACCUCCCUUGCGACAGAUCCAAUGGAGAGCUUGGUAGUGAGCUUUUUCGCCUCCUAUCUCUGUGCUCGCUCGCUUUCCUUCUUCGUCAAUUUUCCAUCCCACGUUUACCCCAUUCUAUUUCUGCCUGUCGUUUCUUCUUUUCAUUCUUAUCUCCAUUUUUCUCAUGAUCCUUACAUGCGAGUUGAAUCCUUACACUUAUUCAAUCUUCCAGGAGUACUAUCAGCCAUCAAGCAAGAAAGGAUCGAAAUGCUGAUGUCUCCAAGGGUCUUUCAGAUCGCGGUCAUGCUAAUCACCCCCUAUAUUUCGAAAGGCGACAUGACAAGUAGUCGACAACCAGUCCCGGCGCUCUACUUACACAACCCGUUGCCUAACUGCACUGCCAGUAACGAUCAUUCGAUUCAACGGAUGUUUAUCGCAGAUGAGCCCGUAACUUCCUCUAAACCCCAAACUCCAGUCCCAAUGAAUCGUAACACGAAAGGCGAGCCUGCCCGAGCUCUGUACGACCAUCUCGAAGAAAGUCCGAACUCGGGGGCCGGCGGAAGUGAUAAUCAACAUAGAACGCGGAAGUCCACGAGUUGAAUAUGAAUGUGGUCUAGCAUCUACAGGAACCACAGCGGGCGGCGGAUCAUCCCGC